AUGGCGACGAUUCAUCUUUCUUCAGAAGGCCUCGCUGCAAUGAAGGUUUUAGAUGCACUUCAAUGGAGGCGGCUGUUGGCGAAUGUAUUUGUUGCCUACACGUUUUUGGUAACGUAUGUUACAGAUUCGCCAAUAAAUUUCAAGAAACUUGGCAAAUGGGCAGUUAUUACAGGUGCAACUGACGGAUUCGGAAGAGCAAUCGCAGAUCAACUUGCCCAUCGGGGAAUCAAUAUUUUUCUGAUAAGUAAAAAUCAAGAAAAAUUGAAAAGUGUUGCCAGAGAAAUUGAGGAAUUAUAUAAUGUUGAAACUAAGUUUUUCAACUUCAUUCUGUUUGAUACCAUCAAUAAUGUUUCACCAAUACUCGUGAAUAAUGUUGGAAUGCCAGCAGGAGAUGUGAAAGAGUUUCAUCUAUCACAUGGACCUAAUCAAACUCUUUCCAUAGCAAAAAACAAUCAAAUCUAUUGCAAGGCGUCUUCCAGGGCAAAAAUGACUGAAAUAAUUCUUUCUGGGAUGGUGUCACGCAAGCGAGGAUUGGUUGUCAACAUCUCGUCAAUGUCGGCGUCUCACCCUCAUCCCAUUGUUUCAACUUACGCGGCAUCGAAACGUUUUGACGAUACGAGUAUCGAAAAUAUGGAAUCGUGAUUCAGAGUAUUCAACCGGGAUUUGUGUUCACCAAUUUAACAAAAGUAGUCAUAAAAAAUGCAAAUUUGGCGGUGCCGAAUGCUGCUACGUUUGCCCGACAUAUGAUGAAAACUCUGGGAAAGGCAGAUGUGACGUCAGGCUAUUGGGUACAUACCAUUGUUCGUUGGUUUUAUACGAGUUUGCCGGGAGGAAAUUUGGCACGAAGUUUGAGACGUACGUUCAAGGCUUUUGGAGAAUGACAAAACAAAACGUCGUCACCGACUUUAGACAGUGGGCUGCAACAAAUCCAAUAAAAAUACUUAUGAAAUUUCUACUGACGUUGACAAGAGAUAUAAUUGAGCCAAGAAAUUCAUCGAGUCUAAGAUAGUUGAAUUCAUACGAAAUGUACAUUUUAAGUAGCUUCAAAACAUCUAUGCUUAUAUAUUAUUGCUAUCGUGUGGGCGAUCAUCAUUGGUGAUUACUUAGAUACGAUGCGUUUAAGGCGUCUGGUGUGAACACAACAUUCUGCGUAAUCAAUGUGUAAUUAAUCAAUUAUAACGGAUAAAACGCUUUAUUUCCAGUUGCAAACAAACAGCAAAACGCGUUAAUUAAGUCUAGCUAAGAAUGUGUGCGAAUCGAAAUGAAGGGUAUCCAGACUGGAUAACAUGUUGACUAUCCUGCCAUUUAGACACGCAAAACUAAACAUUGGUCCCUGUUAGCAAAAAUCUUAAUGGCCUUUGUUUUAAUCAAUAUUUCUAAAUAUGAAAAUUAACCUCGUACAGAGAGGGAAGGGCGUAGGAAUCCCACCCCAUUAUGCUUCUGUAAUCAAGUGUUACUUCAGAGUUGGAGUGUUUUUUUCUUUCUUUCAAAUAUUGCCUUCGUUAGGAACAGCGAUGUACAAAGCACGGGAAACCUUACCACGAAAUCUCAAACAGCUGUUCACAAUAAAAUUUAAAAGUAAACCUUAGGCUGUGUAUAUUUCAGAUUAAAAUCAUCUUGUGUGGUGUACUAUCGCAACGCAAUGUUACAUCAAAAUCACGCUAUCAGAAGCGUGUUAUAAGCUUGAUGCGACAGAAACAGGUUUUGUUCUAUUAUGUCUGGGUCGACAAU